GCUUGUUUCAGGGAGAGCCCGGAAGCUUGGCCAGUCGUCUGCGAGGAGUGAACUAAAGAGCAAGAGGUCUGAGACCAAGUUUACUUGAGCGCCACCGAAUCAACGUGACAAAAGUGAAGAGAUGCGUCUGGCCAGCGCAAUGGUUUAUCUCCUGGCGGCCAUGUUUAGCCGAAUAAUUCCGUACAGCCUAUCCCUUGCUGCACCGAAAGUUAAGACCAAAGGCUACACUAUUUGUGACACGGAAGUGUGUAAAGAGAGAGCGAGGCUGCUCAAGGAAAGCAUAAACAAAAGCAUCGAACCCUGUGACGACUUCUUCGGCUUCGUUUGUGAUGGGUGGAUUCGAGAGCACCCUAUUCCAGAGACUGAUACGUCGUUUGGAACGUUCGAACAAGCGGAAGAAAACGUGCUGCGUGAUCUAAGAGGGAUCAUAGAGAACGUAACAGACUUUACUGAACCUCGUAAUGUGAAGGAAAUGGCGGCAACUAUGUACCAGGCAUGCAUGUGCAAAUAUUUCACAGAAGAGCAGCUAAUCCCGAUGGUUAAAGAUGUUCUUGCUCGUAUGGGAUUUCCUAUAUGGCCUGUCAUGAGACCAUCUGAACUUCCUUAUGGAAACUACUCACAUUUGCUCAGCACAACGUCUUUGUGGCCAUUUUUUUUCUUUGACGUCGCUCAAGACCUGAACGAAACAGACCGGUUUAUUAUCGAGAGGGACAGCCGAAAGUGGACGUGGAGGAGCCCGAAUGGCGAGACUAGAAAUGAAAUAGAUUUUAUACUCUGCGCUAACCCUGGCAUCAUACAAGAUGUGGACGUGCUCGGCAAAGUGCGCUGCAGUGGCCAUAGGACGCUGGAUGAGAUUCCAUAUCCUAUUUUAGGCAGAGAGCAGCUCCUUAAUCCAUGGACGACAGAGUAUAACAAAGGCAUUGUAUUGGCGUACUUAUCUCUUAUCGCCACAGCUGUAACGGUUCUCAAUCCAAAUACGACUGAAUACGACGCUAUGAUUGUUGCUGAAAGAAUCUUCGUGUUUGAGGCACGGCUUGCUUCGAUGACAUCAGAUGACAGACAAGAUAUUAAUGCUUUUUACGAAAAGAUGACUAUCGAUGAACUGGAGAAACAAGUGCCAAACAUUCCAGUCCUACAAAGCCUAAACAGGGCGUUUUCGCAAGCGAACAUUACGCUAAACAAGACUGAGCAAGUCGCAAUGUUCGGGAUGUCCUACUUCAAGAAGGUCAAUGAUUUCUUCAAGUGCAUAUACGACCUUUCAGACAUGUACAAUUUCGCCGCGUGGAGGCGCAUCUUCCAGAUGGUAUUGCUGACGUCAGAAAAAUUCGCAAAAUCUUGGCAGAAUCUAUUGAAAGUCGCGUAUGGAGUGCAAAAAGAAAAGCCAGAUUGGCAGGUUUGCGUUGAAGAAGUCGCUAAAGCGAUGCCUUUCGUGAUUGGCCGAAUGUACAUCGAGAAGAACUUCAACGUUACAGCCAAAGAGGACGUCGAAACGAUGAUAGAAAAUAUAACGACGACCUUCAGAAAGUCGCUUUCCACAAGAGAGUGGUUGACCGGCAGCACAAAGGAAACAGCUCUGAAGAAGUUGGAGAAAAUGACCAAAAAGAUCGGAUUUCCGCCAUGGAUCCUAAAUGACACCGUUAUGGAAAACCGCUUUCAAUACGUUCCACAAUUCAACAUCAGCGUCCCACUUUUUAAAAUUAUAUUAUCAUUCCAAGACAAUGCUGCCAUCAGGACGCUGCUAUUACUUCGGAGGAAGCCAGAUAAGAAAAACAGCUGGAUCACCGCUCCUGCCGUCGUAAAUGCCUUCUACAGCCCCUCAAAGAAUGAAAUGGUAUUUCCGGCUGGAAUACUGCGAGACUCACUCUACCAGCACGGACUGCCUGCGUCCAUUAACUAUGGAGCGAUUGGCACCAUCAUCGGGCACGAAAUGAUUCAUGGCUUUGACGACUUAGGUAAACAGUUUGACGAGGACGGGCGGUUGAGAAACUGGUGGAGCCCUUCGACUCAAAAAAUGUUCGACAAGAGAGCAGACUGCUUCAUUAACCAAUACAGUUCCGUCUUCAGCGAAUUGGCUAACACAACGCUGAAUGGCGUGAAUACAUUGGGUGAAAAUAUGGCGGACAACGGGGGACUUCGAAUGGCAUUCAGGACACUUGACCAGCAACUGAAGGCUUUCAGUACGCCAGACGUGCGCCUUCCGGGCCUGGAAGAGUUCUCAGCGAAGCACCUGUUUUUCAUUUCCACUGCAUUCGUGUGGUGUGGCAGCACACGUGCAGGGGCUCUGCGUCUGCAAAUAGAAUACGACCCCCACAGCCCGCGCCAACAAAGGAUAAACGUCUCUUUAAAGAACAUGAAAUCGUUUACUUCGGUAUUUCGUUGCAACGAAACAAGGAAGAUGUCGUUCAAGGCCAAAAGCAACGAGACUUGCGUGCUGUGGUGAAUUAGCACUAUAAUAAAGUUACCUUUUAUCACGUUCUGUA